CAUCCGGGUCCUGGCUGCGUUUCCGUAGCCCGCUGGUAGCUAAGCCAGCUAGCCUGCCUGUGUUGUGCCGUCAGUCCGUCAGUGGCUGCUUCGUCAGUGGCCGUGACAGCUGCUUCCUCCCGGGGACGCGGAAGGUGUCGGAGGUCGAAGAACGCCGCGUAAAUGCUGCCUUGACUCCGGCGGCGACGACGCGGAAGCAGAGCCUGAGUCGACGAGGUCGGAGUGCGUGUCGAAAUGGAGACGGACGGGAGUUGAAAAAAAAGAAAAAAGUGUGCGUUUAUUGGAAGCUAACCUGCUAGCAGCGGCUAAGCCCUCCUCCCCUCCCCUCACUCCCCCUCCCCUCCCUCGGCCAGACAGUUAACGGCAGCCCGCUCUCUCGGUGCGUCUCCUCUCCGCACUGCCGGAGCUCCCCCCCAAAAUGAAGAAGUUCAACAUCCGCAAGGUGCUGGACGGACUGACGUCGUCGUCGACGGCCGCCCAGACGGGGGCCUGCAAGGAGAGCGACGCCGUGCUGGAGAGUCUGCAGUCGGAGCAUUUCCAGCUUUGCAAGACCGUACGUCAUGGUUUCCCGCAUCAGCCGUCCGCCAUGGCCUUUGACCCAGUGCAGAAAAUCUUGGCCGUGGGGACCCUGACCGGAGCGUUGAGGCUCUUUGGCCGAGCCGGUGUGGAGUGUUACUGUCAACACGAGAGCGGCGCCGCUAUCAUCCAGCUCCAGUUCCUCGUCAACGAGGGGGCGCUAGUGAGUGCCUUGGCUGAUGACAGCGUCCACCUGUGGAACCUGAGGCAAAAGAUCCCUGCCAUCCUGCAUUCCCUCAAGUUCAACAGGGAGAGAAUCACCUACUGCCACCUGCCCUUCCAGAGCAAAUGGCUUUACAUCGGCACAGAACGAGGAAACAUCCACAUCGUCAACGUGGAGUGCUUCACCCUCUCAGGCUACGUCAUCAUGUGGAACAAAGCCAUCGAACUAUCCACCAAGACACACCCAGGGCCUGUAGUGCACAUCAGUGAUAACCCCAUGGAUGAAGGCAAGCUCCUGAUUGGAUUUGAGUGCGGAGUGGUGGUGUUGUGGGACUUAAAAUGCAAAAAGGCUGACUACCGCUACAAUUACGAUGAGGCCAUCCACUCGGUCGCCUGGCACCACGAAGGCAAACAGUUUGUCUGCAGCCACUCGGAUGGCACUCUGACCACAUGGAAUGUACGCGCCCCCGCCAAGCCUGCGCAGAUCAUCACGCCGCAUGGAAAGCAGCCCAAGGAUGGCAAGAAGCCAGAGCCAUGCAAGCCUAUCCUGAAGGUGGAGUAUAAAACAACAAGAGCUGGGGACCCGUUCAUGGUUCUGUGUGGAGGACUGUCCUACGACACGGUGGGGAGGAGAGCCUGUCUGACCGUGAUGCACGGCAAGAGCACCGCCGUACUAGAGAUGGACUUCCCCAUCGUGGACUUCCUCACGCUGUGUGAAACGCCAUAUCCUAACGACUUCCAGGAGCCUUACGCAGUGGUGGUCCUCCUCGAGAGGGAUCUAGUCGUCAUCGACCUCGGACAGAUUGGCUACCCGAUAUUUGAGAACCCGUAUCCCCUAACCAUUCACGAGUCCCCGGUGACCUGCUGUGAGUACUUUGCCGACUGCCCCGACGAACUUAUUCCUGCACUUUACUCCGUUGGCAGCCGGCAAAAGAGACAAGGUUACAGCAAGAAGGAGUGGCCAAUCAGCGGGGGGAACUGGGGUCAAGGCACACAAAGUUACCCAGAGAUUAUCAUCACGGGACAUGCUGAUGGCUCCAUUAAGUUUUGGGACGCUUCUGCAUUGAUGCUGCAAGUGCUGUACAAGCUGAAGACGGCCAAGGUUUUUGAGCGGGCACGCGGCAAGGAGGAGAAGGCCAACACGGAGAUCGUGGAGGAGGACCCCUUUGCCAUCCAGACCCUGUGCUGGUGCCCCGAGAGCAGGAUGCUGUGCGUGGCCGGCGUGUCCGCCCACGUCAUCGUCUACAGAUUCAGCAAACAAGAGGUCACCACCGCUGAGGUGCAGCUCUUGGAGGUGCGUCUGCAGUGCGAGCUGAACGACGUGGACUCGCCCGACCCCGCAGGAGAGCACACCCCCGCGGCGUCCCCCCCCAGCCCCCAGGAGACGGAGCCCACCACUCAGCCCUCCACCGGCAGCAACUCCUCGGAGGGAGCGCGGGACAACAUGCCGUGCCUGCAGGUGCGUAGCUCCGCCCUGAAGCAGUCUCCCGGGUACCAGGUGGAGCUGGUCAUCCAGCUGCUGUGGGUGAGCGGGGAGCCUCCUCAGCAAAUCACCAGCUUGGCCAUGAACUCCUCGUACGGACUGGUGGUGUUCGGGAACAGUAGCGGUCUGGCUGUGGUGGACUACCUCCAGAAAAGCUUGCUCCUCAACAUGGGCACGUCGGAGCUCUACAGCCCCUCUGAACCCUACCAGAGACAGCCUCACUCCCCACGUAAAACCCGGCAGCCCUCUGGAGCGCUGUGCGACCCCGCCGACGGGCCCAACGCACCCGAGGAGCGCUGCAAGUCGCCGACCUCAGGAUCGCCCUCGCCCUGCAAUUCGGAGGACGAGCACAAGCCCAAGUUCCUAGAAAAGGUCAAGUACAAAAGCAGGCGCUUUUCCAAGACGGUUGCCAAUGACUUUGCUAGGAUGUCGCGGAAAAUUAGCUCGUCUAACGAGCAAAAGCCAAACACGGAGUGGCAUUCCCUGCCGUGUCGGAAUCGCGUUUGUCACAGCGACGACGGCAUGACCAUGAGCAGGAAGAGCGUCAAGCUGGUCUUCCCUAGAACAAACUCAGACGCCAACUUCAACUCCAAGGACAACUGCUUCAGUCGCUCGCGUAGCUCCAGCGUGAGCAGCAUCGACAGAGAAGCCCGAGAGGCCGUCUCUUCCUUCUGCUUCUGCGAGACCUUCCCCAGGAAGUCGGACAGCCCGCUCAGCCCCUGCGUGCUGGUGGGCACCACCCAGGGCACGGUCAUGAUGGUGGCCCUCAGCCUGCCCCCCGGCGGGGAGGACCAGAGGCUCCUGCAGCCCGUCGGCGUCUCCCCCUGCGGCACCGUGGCCAAACUCAAAGGGGGCGUCUUGACCAUGGCCCUGCUGGACGCCACAGGAGCUUUGCUGCCCGCGUCCUACGAGUCCUGGUACGACCCCAACGCCUCGGACGAGGAGAAGGAAAAGAGCAAGCGGCGGAGGCCGGCCUCCCCGCCCUCGUCGCAGGACGGCCAGGACUGCCAGUUUGCGGUGCUGUGCUCGGAGAAGCAGGCCAAGGUGGUGGCCAUGCCCUCGCAAACCAGCGUCUUCAAACACAACAUCACCGAGUCCUCCUUCGUGCUGAGGGCCGACGUGGUGCAGAUGGCCGGCGCCAACUGCAUCGCCUGUUUCUGCGCUAACGGCCACAUCAUGACGCUCAGCUUGCCGAGUCUGCGGCCUCUCUUGGACGUCAACUACCUGCCGCUGACGGACAUGCGGAUAGCCAGGACCUUCUGCUUCUCCAAUCUGGGUCAAGCCCUCUACCUCACCUCCCCCACGGAGGUCCAGAGGAUCACCUACAGCCUGGACACCUGCGACAACCUUCAGGAGAUGCUGAGUGAGUUGUUUACACCUGUGGAAACACCUGAAGCUCCCAACAGAGGGUUCUUCAAAGGCCUCUUUGGCGGAGGAGCUCAGUCUCUGGACCGGGAGGACCUCUUCGGCGAAACCACCGCCGGGAAGGCGUCGCGCAGCCUGGCCCAGCACAUCCCCGGCCCGGGCGGCAUGGAAGGCAUGAAGGGGGCGGCGUCGGGCGUCGUGGGGGACCUGGCCCGCGCCCGGAUAGCUCUGGACGAGCGAGGUCAGAAACUGGGGGAGUUGGAGGAGAGGACGGCCGCCAUGAUGUCCAGCGCAGACUCCUUCUCCAAACACGCUCACGAUAUGAUGGUGAAGUACAAAGACAAGAAGUGGUACCAGCUCUGAUGGCGGCAUGUGGUGGACUCUGUAAACACACACACACACACACACACACACACACACACACACACACACCAGUAUGAUCCAGGAGGAGGCGCAGAUACUUCCGUCCCUACUUCUCUCGCCGGGAUUUUUUUGUUUUGUUUUGUCCACAGCAUAAAAACGUCACCUCGGGAGCUCGUCUUUUCCCAAAACAAGGUUUGUCCUCCACCCAGGUGUCAAGUCUGAUGGUCCGCAUUGUAAAAGCCCUCGCCCUUCAAGUGACGGGAGGAUGAAGUCGAUUAGUUUUUUGUGUCUCUAUCGAAGCACUUACGGAACAAUUUUGGGAUGACGACGCGGGAGCUGAUGGAUCUCCUACCUGAAAUAAGGGCUGAUAGUUCAAUCGUGGUUCCCUUGGAAGGACGUUAUUCAUCCGGGGCAUUACUGACUUGUACGUAUUUAUUCCAGGCUUAUUGCACACACAGGUGUUUACCGCCCCCUGCUGAGGAUGAGUUUACAUUGCAGACACUGGAAACACCCUGAAGGUAUUCGGACUGCAUUCGCAGACCUUUAUAGAGACAACAUUGGAUUAUUGUAUAUCUGGGUUAGCAUUCUUAUUGACAUGUUUUAUUUUUUUUUUUUCCCACCUGCCAAAAAAAACACUCCAGUUGUCGGCCAUUGUGAACAAUAUUUCCCAAAACGCUCUCCUGAUGCACACAAGCUAACCUGUAUCAAUGCUAGUGAUGGGCGAUACCACGCUUUUUUUUUUUGGAACCGAUACUAGUUGCUGACAAUCCCAUUCCGAUUCCUGGGAUUCAGUUCAGAAUCAAUUCUCGAUUCAAAUCGAUCCUCGCGAUGUAUUAUUCGUAGGGGUGUAACGGUACACAACAAUUUGGGUCCGGUACGUGCCUCGGUUUAGAGGUCACGGUUCGGUUCAAAACAACAAAAUAUACAUUUUUUUUGGGUUAUUUAUUUACCAAAUUUGUAAAGAAUGGCUUUAUCCUUUUAACAUUGGGAACACUAUAAUAAUUCUGCCCACGUUAAUCAACGUUAAACUGCCUCGAGUUGAUUAAAUAAAAUGACAAAACUUGUCUUCUACAUACACUACCGUUCAAAAGUUUGGGGUCACGUUGAAUUGUCCUUAUUUUUGAAGGAAAAGCACUGUACUUUUCAAUGAAGAUAACUUUAAACUAGUCUUAACUUUAAAGAAAUACACUCUAUACCAGGGGUCACCAACGCGGCGCCCGCGGGCACCAGGUGGCCCGUAAGGACCAGGGGCCGUACUUAUCAAGCUUCUUAGAAUUACUCCUAAGAAGUCUGCUUAGAGUUGACUUAAGAGUAAAUAAAUUCUUGGCUGAAAGCUGCACUUAAAAGUUAGUUAUCAAGCGUCUUACUCACACUUUCAGCGACGUGUAGGACUGAAUCUUAAGUGUCACACUCAGAGCUGAAUUACGACAUUACUAUGUGCCGUAAACGGAAUUUUAGGUGACGUCAUUUCUGUGUCCAUAGAAAUGACCAAUCACGGAAGGGAAUCCGUUGUCUAAGAAUAAAGAAAUAUCUUGGAAAUAUUUAAGUGGACAAUGGGAGUGUAUAUUUUGACAAUAAACUACAAAAUAAUACAAAACAAACUAGUCCCCGUCGGCACUCACGCUACCGCUCCCUCUCUUCUCUCGCCCACACACUCACUGACGUCACUCACCUCACGGCCACACACAUACGCUACUGUCAUAACAUUUUCUUUCCAAUUCAUUAAUUAGGCAACUAAUUUGAAACUGGUGUGGGUGGCUCUAUAUAUACUAGCCCACUGCAGACACAUGCAGAAAUCAACAAGGAAUCGAAAAGUAUUAAAUCUGUGACAAAAAUAAUAUCCGCUCUGUCUAAACGAUACCGUUUUAUCAGCUGCUCAUCAUCAAAAAAACAACAACAUUGUUCCGUUCC